UUCUUAUCUCAGGUGGACAUGGCCUGCAGGGGUCGCACUCCACCCAGGGGCCUGGCCUGGGCCCUGCAACUGACCCUGGCAUGGAUCCUGUUGGGGGCUUAUGGAGGGAGCCACCCACUCCCAGCUAGGUCCCAGAGACACCAUAGGCUGGUAGCCAAUCUGGGCAAAGGCCAGCUGCACCUGGCAGGUAAGCAUUGUCCCUCAGAGAUGGACACACCAUUGGCUUUGGGCCCUGGGAUCAUCCCGGAGCGCUGUGUGGAGCUGAGCCCAGGGUGCGAAUCCUUCCUGGGACACCUCCAAGUUGCCCUCCGCAGUCGCUUCCACCUGCUGCUAUUGGGGGUACGCCAGACGCAGCCGCUCUGCUCAGAGCUCUGCGAUGCCUGGUUUUCCACCUGCGAAAGUGAUAUCACCUGCAGUCCGACUUGGCUGCCACUCCUAGAAAAGAGGGGUUGCGACCCUGGCUGCACUACCUAUGGGCAGACUUUCGCUGAUGGAACGGAGCUUUGCCUCUCGGUUCUUGGCUACGCGCUACCAGUGGCGGAUCCUGGCUCCAGUAACUGCCUCAACAUUUCCAUCUCGGUGCUACCGGGUCCCAGACUCGGACGAUGGCCCAGGGAAAUCACUUUCCGGCGGUCCCGCCGCCCUCGAACCUCGAUCCUGGACGCUGCGGGCAGCGGGAGUGGCAGUGGAAGCGGCAGCGGCCCCUAGGGGGCGCGUGGCCUUGGAUGGAAGAUGCGCCCCUCCUCUUCACCCCACUCCCACCCUCGCCUCGCCCAGCUCAUGGCACCCAGAGUUCCACUCCUCUCUCCCUGCCUUCUAGUUUCCAGAGUCCUAUCCUUCCUCCUUGGGGCCCCAGAGACUCACCCCUCCCCAGGUUAUUUGAAAAAUAACCCAAUUGUAAUUCGUUUUUUUCCCUCUCGCCC